UGUAGCCCUUCACUUGACGCACGGCCACGGCCAAUCUCUCUAUUUCUCUCUCGAAAGUUCUUAUUUUGAAGGGGCUCUGUUCGCCCGAUUCAAAUCCUUUCCGUUGAUUUCAAUUCCACUUCGCUGAAAUUCAAUAAUGUCCGACUCAGAGAUCACCCCCGCAUCACCCCCGCCUGCGGUGGAGAUGGAGGCUCAACCGCAGGAAAAGCCCCACCAAGAGCCCAGCAAGAAGCCGAGGAACAACAGCCUCACGUUCAGCAUUUGGCCCCCCACGGAGCGUACCCGGGAGGCCGUGGUUAACCGCCUGAUCGACACGCUGUCCACUGUCUCCGUUCUCUCGAAGCGCUACGGCACCCUGCCCCACGACGAGGCCGCCGCUGUCGCCCGCAUCAUCGAGGACGAGGCGUUUUCCGCCGCGUCCGCCUCCGCCUCCGCAGAUGACGAUGGUAUCGAGAUCCUCCAGGUGUACUCCAGGGAGAUCAGCAGCCGCAUGCUCGAGACCGUCAAGAGCCGUGGCACUUCGGGAUCUACCGCCGACACUGCUCUGCAGACUUCGAUUCCGUCCGUGGUGCCCGCCACCACCAAUACCACUGAGGAGAACACGCCCGCUGAGACUGAAUCUUGAUCUAUGUCUAGGAUUUAGGCCUUAUAUCUUGAUCUAUGCCAGUGAGGGUUGCUGUUAUUCUGGAUAGUGCAUGUGCCACAUUAGAUCUGUUUAUACUCUUUCUGGAUUUUAAUGCUUACCUGCUGAUGAUUACCCUUUUCGAUAA